GAAAUGGAUCAACAAUUACGUCAGUUUUAUUAUUUUUUUUUUCUUUUCCAUUUAUUUUAUUUUAUUUUUUGAUUUUAUAAUUUUGAUAAAAUAGGUACUCGUGAUGGAGCUAUUCCAGAUGAUAUACGUACUGGUGAAACAAUAGCUCGAACGAGUGAAGUUAUAGCUGCACAAAAGUUACCUGUUUCACUUGUUGUUACUGGCGAUGAUUUAAAUAAUAUUCUUCGAUAUAAAGCAAAAGAAUUUAUGCAAGUUGCAUCACAAUGUCAAUCAAUAAUAUUUUGUCGAGUAUCAGCAACACAAAAACGUGAACUUGUAUCUGCUGCUAAAUCAGUAUUUAAACAUCGAAUAUUAGCAAUAGGUGAUGGGGCAAAUGAUGUUGGAAUGAUUCGUGAAUCUCAUUGUGGUGUUGCUGUUUAUGGUCGUGAAGGAUCACAAGCAGUAGCUGCUGGUGAUUUUGCUGUUGAUCGUUUUGAAUGUCUCCGUCGUCUUUUACUUGUUCAUGGUGCUUGGUGUUUUACUCGAACAAGUGAACUAAUUCUAUAUACAUUUAUGCAUAAUUGUUCUUAUGUCUUUGUUAUAUUUUAUCAUCAAUUAUUUAAUGGAUUUUCUGGUGCUGCUACACUUCAUUCAUUAUACAUUCUUCUAUACUCAAGUUUAUUUACUGUACUUCCACAAUGUGCUGCUGCUCUAUUCGAUCAACAUGUUCCAGCUAAACGAGCAUUACAUGAACCUCAAUUAUAUAAAUAUACACUUCAUGCUAGAUGUUAUCGAAUGUGGUCCUACUGGAUAAAUAUUAUUGAUGCCAUUUGGCAAAGUACAGUCAUUUUUUUUAUUGCUUAUUAUGCAUAUGCAAAUAAUGGAAAUAUUGAUGCAUCAGUAUUUGGUUUUUCAAUUGCAUUUAGUAUGACAAUAACUUCAAUGAUACAUGUCAUCUUACAAACAACACGUAUUGAUAUAGCAUUGAUAAGUUCGAUAUUAUUAAGUUUUUUGGUAUUUCUUGGUUUUACAUUAAUAUUUGAUGCAACUUGUGUUGUAUGUCUUAAUGGACAAAGUCCAUAUUAUAUAUCUUAUGUGGCAUUUCGUCAAGGUAUAUUUUGGUUAACAAAUUUGUUUACUAUAAUAAUAGCUCUGUUACCACGUUUUUUUAUUAAAUGUAUUUAUAAUUCAACAAUGAAUCCAUUAUCACGAACUAAUCAGCAACAUAAUAUUUCAUCUUUAACACAAGAUACUCAUGUAUGA